AUGGAUGACGAAAAGACCCAAGUCCUUAACUUCAAGGCCAAGAUGCUUUCUGACUAUCCAGAAGACCGCCGCCGCCAGUUUAUGAUCUCUUAUUACCUUUGCGAUAAGACAAUGGCUAUCUUCGAAGCUAACGUACCAAACUCAGGUUUCCGUGCAGGCAAAUUCCUUCAGCGCACACGUGUACGCAAUCCAGAAACAAAGAAAUUCUUUGAACCAGAGGCAUUCUAUGUCGGUGCUAAGAUUCAAGCAUCAGGUCGUGUAUUCGAGUUACUCGAUGCUGCUCCACACACAUUCUGCUUAAUGGAAGCUAACUCAGAUCAAUUCCCAGAUGCUGAUAUCUCAUCAGUUGUUAACAAACUUUCUCAGGUCUGCAUGGGCCAAACAAAGAACCUCCGCCCACUUUUCGAGAACUACGAUAAGGCUAAGACAGGUAUUGUUGAAAAGUCUGAGGCUGAACAGGUCCUUUCAUCAUUCCAGCCAGAACUUUCAAGACAUAGUAUCGUUACUAUCCUCCGCGCUUUCGAAGAGAAGGGCCGCUUCAACUAUGACCCACUCCUUAAGUACAUCAAGCAAUAA